GUAACCGAACGAUGACGUUUCUGUCCGAAGCGAGGCUUUUUGUAUAAAAUAAAAAAAAGGAACGAAAGAAAGAUCAGCUGGCAGUAUGUAUGGCUUUGUGAAUCACGCCUUGGAGCUUCUCGUUUUGAGGAAUUACGGACCGGAAGUGUGGGAAGACAUCAAGAGGGAAGCUCAACUGGAUAUCGAGGGCCAGUUCCUCGUUCGAAUCAUUUACGAUGACACCAAAACGUACGAUCUUGUUGCCGCGGCCAGCAAAGUUCUCAAGAUCGAUGCAGGAGACAUCCUGCAGAUGUUCGGGAAGAUGUUCUUUGAGUUUUGCCAGGAGUCGGGAUAUGACACCAUCUUGCGGGUGCUGGGAUCAAACGUUCGUGAAUUUCUUCAGAAUUUGGACGCCCUCCACGAUCACCUGGGCACCAUCUAUCCCGGCAUGAGGGCUCCCUCGUUCCGUUGCACCGAUGCGGAGAAGGGCAACAACCUAAUCCUCCACUACUACUCGGAGCGAGAAGGCCUGCAGGACAUCGUGAUUGGCAUCAUUAAAACGGUCGCGCAGCAGAUCCAUGGCACGGAGAUAGAGAUGAAGAUGAUCCAGCCCAAAAGCGAAGAGUGCGACCACAUCAAGUUCCUGAUUGAGGAAAAGGACUCGGAGGAAGAGGCCUUCUAUGAAGACCUGGACGGCUUCGAUGAGAACGGCACGCAGGAGACGCGCAUCAGCCCGUACACCUUUUGCAAGGCCUUCCCCUUCCACCUGAUGUUUGACAAAGACCUGAUGCUCACGCAGUGCGGCAACGCCAUUUACCGAGUGCUGCCUCAGCUCCAACCCGGUGCCUGCAUCCUCCCGUCAGUUUUCUCCCUUGUCCGCCCACACAUUGACUUCAGCUACCAUGGCAUUCUGUCCCACAUCAACACGGUUUUCGUCCUGCGAAGCAAGGAGGGUCUGCUAAAUGUGGAGACGGUGGAGAACGAGGACGAGCUGACUGGGGUGGAAAUCAGCUGUCUGCGGUUAAAAGGACAGAUGAUUUAUUUGCCCGAAGCCGAGAACAUCCUCUUUCUUUGCUCGCCCAGUGUGAUGAACUUGGACGACCUGACACGACGGGGCCUGUACCUGAGCGACAUCCCGUUGCACGACGCCACGCGAGACCUCGUGCUGCUAGGAGAGCAGUUUCGCGAGGAGUACAAGCUGACCCAGGAGCUGGAGAUACUCACCGACCGGCUGCAGCACACACUUCGGGCCCUGGAAGACGAGAAGAAGAAAACGGACAGGUUGCUGUACUCCGUCCUCCCACCGUCCGUCGCCAACGAGCUGAGACACAAGCGGCCCGUCCCGGCUAAGCGCUACGACAACGUGACCAUUCUUUUCAGCGGCAUCGUGGGCUUCAACACCUUCUGCAGCAAGCACGCCUCCGCCGAGGGAGCCAUCAAGAUCGUCAACCUGCUCAACGACGUUUACACCCGAUUCGACAUCUUGACCGACUCGCGGAAGAACCCUUACGUCUACAAGGUGGAGACGGUGGGCGACAAGUACAUGACGGUGAGCGGCUUGCCUGAGCCGUGCACGCACCACGCCAAGUCCAUCUGCCACCUCGCGCUCGACAUGUUGGAGAUCGCCGGACAAGUCAAAGUGGACGAUGAACCUGUGCAGAUUACCAUCGGGAUUCAUACGGGAGAGGUGGUGACCGGUGUGAUUGGCCAGCGGAUGCCCCGGUACUGCCUCUUUGGUAACACAGUCAACCUCACCAGCCGCACGGAAACCACCGGUGAAAAGGGAAAAAUCAAUGUUUCAGAAUAUACUUACAGAUGCUUGCAGUCCGCCGAGAACGCCGAUCCUCAGUUCCACCUGGCGUACCGAGGUCCCGUCACCAUGAAGGGCAAGAAGGAGCCCAUGAAGGUGUGGUUCUUGUCCAGACAGGAAGUCCACUGAUACGUCUUUGACUCUUAAUUCAUAAAAUGGAGUGAGUAGCGUUAAAUAACACGGUUUUGAUAUGACACAAAGGUUGUUUAUAUGAAAUGGUGCCAUUGUGCUUUGCCACACUAUAACAUACAGAACAGUAUUUACGGCAUCUAUUUUAACGUGCACAAAUUGAUUAGUUUGAGUCGUAGUAGCUCCCGCCAAACACACCCACAGUGGAAUCUUUAUGAACUAUGUUUUAAAAAAAAAUUGUGCACUCUAUUUAGGCUAUAUCAACAAGUUGGUGGAUCAUGUGUUUUUUCCCCAUAGGUUAUUGUGAAAUUUUAAUAUAUUUCCUUUCUUCCUCAUUCUAAGUGGACAUUUUUUUAUCCUUUUAAUUGUAAAAUAUGAUCUAUUAGCACUUGUUUAAGCACUUCCACUAUGGACACUAUUUGAGUUGAAUGUGCUCACUUGUCACAAUUUUAAGCACAUGUUUUCCAAUUGGUUAGAAUAAUGAUCAUGUUCAAUUUAGUUCAUUGAAGACUCUAAAAUGGCCAUGGCUCUGAAUGAUAUUGUCUGACGAGAUCCAAGAUGGGAUAAACUUCAGCUCAUAUGCGACAAAAAAAGAGGACAAGUAUAGAAAUGGAGGGAUGGAUCAUGUUAGCGUGUUGUAAAAAUGGCACACAACUUACUUCUUACUAUUGCAGUGUUAAUUCAAACCUUGUACAGACACAUAUUUCUUGGUUUUAUGACUUAUUUCGCUGUAUUAUUGUAUAUCCCUUCUGGAAAAUUCCCCAAAUAAAUAUUUUAACUCAUC